CACACACACACACAUACACACAUACACACACACACACACACACACACACACACACACACACACACACACACACACACACGCUCAGGCUCUGCCUCGGCUACGUAGUGUGUGUAGCCCCGAAAGAAGGCUUGAUGAUGAUCUGAGCAACAGAUCUAACAACACGAUUUGUAACGCAAAGCCACACAGACCGGAUCCAAUGCGUAGGUGAUGUGAAAACCCUGGUCGGAGCGAUCGAUCGUUCUGGGACGAGCACACUGAAAGCAGGACUUUUCACCGCCGCUGUGUGCUCCCGUUGGCCACCAGAUGAACAAGUUCUGAAAGUCGAGCCUCGCAGUUUUCAACACGAGAGUUCCCUUCACUUAAACAUCAUGGCUGUCUCGUCGUGCUCUCCAAAUCUCCUGCUCCUUCUCCUGGUUUCCUCCUUGGAUUGGCUGUCGGCUCCAGGAUCUGCCUUUCUCAUAGACCGGGACCCUCUGACAUCAUCAGCUUCCCUUGAACCACAUUUCACAGAGUGCAUAUCGAGGAACCAGGAGACGUUCCGGUGUUGGUGGAAUCCAGGGGACUUCCACAACCUGUCCUCACCUGGAGCACUCCGAGUCUUCUACCUUAAAAAAGACUCCUCCACCAGUGAAUGGAAAGAGUGUCCAGAGUACAUCCAUUCAAACAGGGAGUGCUUCUUCGAUGUGAACCACACUUCCAUUUGGAUCCCCUACUGCAUGCAGCUCCGCAGCCAAAACAAUAUCACCUACUUCAAUGAGGAUGACUGUUUCACUGUGGAGAACAUCGUACAUCCUGACCCCCCAGUGUCUCUAAACUGGACACUGCUGAAUAUAAGUCCCUCUGGACUAACCUAUGAUGUCAUGGUCAACUGGGAGCCCCCGCCCUCUGCUGAUGUUAGUACAGGCUGGAUGCGGCUAGUGUACGAGAUCCAGUACAGAGAGAAAAAUACCACUGGGAGCUGGGAAUCGUUGGAGACACAGCCGCACACCCAGCAGACAGUCUACGGCCUGCACAUAGGAAAAGAGUAUGAAGUGCACAUCCGUUGCAGGAUGCAGGCCUUCACUAAGUUUGGAGAAUUCAGUGACUCCGUCUUUGUUCUAGUGACUGAGAUACCCAACAAAGAGUCUACCUUCCCACUCUUGCUGGUGUUUGUUUUCGGGGUUGUGGGCAUCCUCGUCCUCAUCAUGCUCAUUAUAGUCUCCCAGCAGCACAGAAUAAUGAUGAUUCUUUUGCCACCCAUUCCUGCACCCAAAAUUAAAGGCAUUGAUCCUGAGCUGUUGAAGAAGGGGAAGCUGGUUGAGCUGAAUUUCAUCCUGAGUGGUGGAGGGAUGGGCGGCCUGCCGACGUACGCGCCCGACUUCUAUCAAGACGAGCCGUGGGUGGAGUUCAUCGAGGUGGAUGCUGAGGAUGCAGACGCUGGAGAGAAGGAGGACAACCAGGGCUCGGACACCCAGAGACUCCUCGGCGUGCACCAGCCCGUCGGCCACCACAUGAACAUCGGGUGCUCCAAUACCAUCGGCUUCCCCGAUGACGACUCAGGCCGGGCCAGCUGUUACGAUCCAGAUCUACCGGAACAAGACGCACUUUUGCUGAUGACCACCCUGCUGCCAGGCCAACCGGAGGACGGGGAUUCCUCCUUCGAUAUUGUGGAAAGAGCCACAGCCCCAGAGAGAGGCGGCAGACCCCUGGACCAAACCCAGACUGGAGCGUCGCAGACUUGGGUCAACACAGACUUCUACGCCCAGGUCAGCAACGUGAUGCCCUCUGGAGGCGUGGUGCUGUCUCCUGGCCAGCAUCUCCGCAUCCAAGAGAGCGGCCUGGUCACCGAAGAGGAGACACACAAGAAGGGAAAAGAGAACAAAGGAGGGGAGGAAACUGAAGAGAAAAAUCCGAAGGAGCUGCAGUUUCAGCUGCUGCUGGUGGAUCCUGAAGGAAGUGGCUACACCUCGGAUAGCAGCAACCGGCAGAUCAACACUCCCCCCAGCUCCCCAGCACCUGGCGAGGGGUAUCAAACCAUACACCCUCAGCUGGUGGAGACCAAACCUGCCGCAACAGCAGAGGGAAAUCAAUCCCCUUACAUUCUUCCUGACUCUCCCCAAUGCCCGUUCUUCGCCCCUGUUGCGGACUACACAGUGGUGCAGGAAAUGGACAGCGAGCACAGUCUGCUCCUUAACCCUCCUCCUCCCCGCCAGUCUCCCCCACCCUCCCUAACACAACAGCACCCACUCAAGGCUCUACCCUCUAUGCCUGUCGGGUACAUCACCCCAGACCUGCUGGGGAACCUCACACCCUGAAAUGACAAUGCCGUUUAAAGGCCUUUUGAGGUGAAAGAUUGUUUGAGCAGGGAAUUUCCCCUGCUUUCAAAGAGCUUGUUUCUAACUGAUUCCUAAUAAUGGAAAACCCCCCAAAAAAAACUUGUCGCACACCGCACGCAGGCAGUGUACAUGUGAUUCGGUUCCGAGGGAGCUGAAAGGGAGAUGUGACCAGCUGUGUUUUUUUGACUCUUUAACUUCUGCAUAAUCAGUCAAUUUGAUGCAGAGGUGGAACAAAGCGAAACUUCACUAUCCACAUUUUUCUUCUGACAUCAAUGCACACAAAUGAAAGCUUGUGACUAUGCAUGAGUAAAAUACAUUGCAUCAUAUCUCUGUCUAAUCAUGUUGGAUAAGUACAGAAGCCCUAAGUGGACAUGCCUUCAUACUUUUUAAGUCACUAUACUCCAUUUUCCCGUGAUCAUAACUUUCUGUUUGUUGUUUGAAAUCUAAUUUUUCUCCUUUUCUCGGACAGCAUGGCUGUUAUAUUCCCCAUUAUAAGAGCUUAUUUGAUCUCAUUAUCUCAAGAUAACAAAGCUUGUUUUCUUGAGUUGAGGGUCAUUUUUUUUGGGCAAUCUAGAAAACAAAACAACAGGCUGGUCAUGGAGACAAGCCAGACCAUGACAUGCUGCCAUUACCGACACUAAUGAGGUUAAUUAAGCCGAUUUCUUUGUUCAUUUUGUGCAUUUGCAACUCUGGGGAUAUGAGAUCUGGAGACCACUACCAGAAAUGAGUCAUUAUCGCAGGGAUAUGGAGUAAAUAAAAUGUAAGGAUGCAUGUCCUCUUAGGGCUUUGGUAGAUAUAUAAGAGCAGUGAUUUGUUGAAGUCUUAAUCUAGCUGAGAGAUGUCAUGUAUGAUCGAUUGGGACAAGCACAAGCACAAACUAGUCAUGUUUUGAACGCCCCACCAAGACAAACUCAUCGCUGUCGGAUGUUUUUUUUUUUCUUUUCUAUCCUGAGAAUUUCUCAUCUUAUAAGAAGGUCAUUAGAGAUAUAUUUUUAUACAAAACAUACAUUAACUUUCAGAACGAUCCACCUUUCAAUUUAAGUCUCAAAAUGGGAACUAUGCAGUUUAUCAAUGCAUUCCUGGCCUCGAUUUGUUUAAUUGUAUUCAUGCUUUAGUUAUUGCAAAUUGGCCAAACUUGAACUUCAUCAUGUAAAUAUGUUUUUUUCCCCCUACAGCCACAAUAUAGUAAAACAAAACGAAAACUAUGAAAUGGACAUGCACUUACAAAGAGUUAUGAAUCAUUGGGAUGAAAUAAUGAUUGUCAUUAUAUCUCUUUGCUGUCCAAGAAGCUCAUUGAUUUGCAUUCUGGGAAAUAAAGCUACACAUUAACUGUAACAGAAGUGAUGAAUUAAAGGGAAAUACAACAUUCCUGCAAUGCAUUAAAUAAUACAGAUUUAUUCUGUACGUCCAAGCAUGAUACUUUAAUCAACCCAGGGUUUAUUUCUUCUCAUUUGAUGUUGACAGAACAUGUCGCUCACUGUGCUCAAACAUCACUAAGAGGAAUGAGUUAUUCAGAUGAACUCAGAGCCGAGAGAGAGAGAGAGAGAGAGAGAGAGCUGCUCAGUACAAACUGUGCGGUAGAACACUAUAAGUGCCUAGCUUUAGGGUAUGAUUAUGUCGUUAUUCAGCUAGUUGGGCUAGAAUCAAAGGGACUCACCCAGCCGGCAGGUAUUAUAUUUCAUCCUAUGGCAGCAGCCAAAUCUCACCUUUGAAACCAGCAAUCAUUCAUAAUCUGUCAUUUGAACAGAGAAUGUAGAAAGCUAGCCAGCUGCUUUGGACGUGUAUUCUUCUCAUGUUUCGCUGAUUUUGCAGCAGCAACUGGAACAAAUUCAAACCUGGGAAAAGUAUGUAAUUAGCUCACAUUUUAUCUGCUAAGUACAACGUGUUAACAACUUGUGCCUCUGAUCAUGUAAUUGGAGCUGGGUUUAUUUGUCCAAGUAUGCCCACGUAUCUAGAGUUCUCACAUUUAUGUAUCAGUGUUUCCCACAGAAUGACGAGGUACCUGGGCGCUGGAGUUGGCAGGGGAUUGACAUACUUUGUUGUCCCCUCUAAAUUAAUUUCGUUUUUGCAACAAACAACCUAAAUCUGCUCAAUUUAUCACCGUACGCACACAGACACAAAACUGUUGGUUUUGCUGUGCCUUAUCUGUCCGAAGGAGUUGAGAAGGAUUAUUAUUAUUAUUUUUAAAACAGGAGUUUUGUUAUGUUGCACGGAGCCGUAAAGUCCUUGUGCGCUCUAUCUCUCUUGCGCGUGCGCACACAGCAAUUUUAUGAGUAAAUGAAAAAUUAAAUAAAAACAGGUUGGAAAUAUACUUGGAGUCGUUAAUAUACUUAGGCGGCCUGCCCAGGUAUCGUCUAUGUGUGGGAAACACUGUAUUGCUGUAGUUGAGUCGGUGUCGAGUGUCUCUGUUCGUUGAUUCAGUCAGCCAAAAAAAGCCUGUGCAUGCUCCAACACUAAAAGGUGUGCACACAAACACGCUCACUACAUUAUUACAUUUUCUUAGUUCAAACCAUAGACUGUAGGUUCAAACAUAAUUAAGCCUUCCUGAAGCUUUUACGAUAAAAUAGUUACGAGGUUAAAACAUUUUCAGAGACCAAUCAACUGUAAUUUACACUUCUACGAUCAUGGUCAUAAAGCUGACCAUCGUUCUCAAACCAAAAGUGGCGAUCAGGGAAAGCGGCAAAAGACUUUUUAGUUGCAAGAUAUGCAACAAUUAUGAACUUAGAUGUAUUUUUUUAAAGUUAAUGUUCCCUAUACUUUUCUUAGAUGAACUCAAAUACGGACAUAUGUUUAGUCACUAGUUUAGUCACAUUAGCUCAAAGUGUAACCUCAGCGGUGGUUAAUUGACAGUGUAAGCUUUUUAUAAUGGCCUAUAGGGGGAGAGAAAAGAAGAGGAGACCUUUUGUAAAGGUUUUAGUCUCCUCUUUGUUUUUUAUCUUCUGAAUCCUUAGAAAACGAUUUGACAAUAUGCCUGUGACAAGCACAGCAGCAUGGCGUGCUGCGUACAAUAAGCUAUCUUACCAUAAGCCAAUAGAGGUUUUUAUCGUAAAACACACACAAUGCAUUUCAUUUCCACAAUGUCUAUGAAUGGGUUCGACGCUCUGUUGUUGUUGUUGUUGUUGUUGUUGUUGUUGUUGUUGUUGUAUAGCGUCAUUGUGGGCCCAUCUCAACGUAAACAAAACAUCCUUCUCUGUGAAAAAGUAAACGUCCUGCUUUUAAAUUGUGUUCUUUUGGAAUCAAAGGAGCGCAGAAUAGCCGACUAUUGACUCAGAUAGAAAAGGUAUUUUUGUAUCCGACAAUCUCACAAUGUAGAGAGACAAAGCAAGAGCCUUAAUACGACAAUUCUUUCAAAUGUGAAUAUGAUAAAUAUGUGCCAUUACUCUCGCUUUCUCUCUUUCUCCGGGAAAAAGAGCUCAGUGUUCUGUCGUUGCUGCCUUGUGUGCUGAUGAUACCAGCAAUGGAUGCUGUUGCAAAAUGUCUUAAUAUAUAAAUAGUGCUGUAAAACAAAUGACAGGAAUAUGUAUAUUUUUAUGUCAUUAAUGUUACUAAUCACAAUAUAUUGCUGCUCGGUACUUGUAAUUUUUUUUCCUGCAUUCAGCUGUACUGUGAGGGGAAAGGAUUUAUGUUUGUGAUAACUGCAGAUUUGAUGAGAAUGAUUUUCUGAAAACGGGAGGCACGAGGUGACAUGAUUUGGUUUCAGCUAUCAGUAGCAAUUCCAGCCGCAACAACGUCACUCUUCUGAAACUUUUACAGUGUUUACACCCAUCCAAAGAUCCGCAGAAGUGCUCUGUGUGUACACAUGAAGGAAGGUCAGAUAUUGGAUAAAGCACUGUCCAGGCUCUGUUUCAGUUGUACCGUUGUGAUUGUGAAUAUGUGAAAACUGGAAUAUGCAAUGUAAUUAUACUAUUAAGGAAAAAUGGGGAAAAAGUUAAACCCAUGGACGUGUUUUUUAUUUUUAUUUCUAAGGUUAUAGUGAGGGAAAUAAUUUGUGUUUGUCUGUUCAUGCUAACUGUACAGGUUUUUACUUCAUCGUGUUUUUUUUCAAAUGUUCUGUCAGUCCACAGUGAGCUCAUUCUUACAGUAGUGUAAAAGUUUGCAGCUGUAAUUUCUAGCUUUUAAAUGUUACAGACACUUUAGAGCAAGCACUUUGUACCCAUAUCGGAUGUCUCAAGUAGUGUUCAGAUUUUUUUUUUUUAUCUUGGGCUCAAUCAAGUCGAAACUGUUGCCAUAGAAACAGCAUUAUGUUCUGUACUCAGCACAAUUGUCACAAAAUGAGGAACCGUCAAUAUCAAUAAGCUUUUGUUCUACAGAGUUUAUGUUUGUAGGAUGUGUUUUACACUACCAGAUCGAUAGGAUGAUGUACUGUAAUGGAGUUUUUUUGUUUGCUAUAAGAUUAAUGGAUAUAGAUAUAGAGUCUUUUAUGAAGUCAUAUGGAAUUAUAGGCAGGAGUGAAUAUGGUUAAAACUGUAACUCUGAACUCUUUACAAUGUUUCUGCUUUGCCAUGUGAGCAUUUCAUUAUUAAAAAAAAAAAGUGCAUUCAAAGGGGGGCUACAUAUUUUUAUAAUGAUGUCUUUUGCCCUCCUAUUUCUCGAUGAUGUGUCGAUUCCAGGCUGGAUUUUGUCGCUCUUUAAUGCCUGGAAGUAAUUUUGAGUGCUGGAAUUUGUGCGCUUUGCUACUUUUUAUCUUACACAAAGAGCCAGACAUUUCUCAGCUUGUUUUUUUUUUUUGGGGGGGGGAUAGUAGUUUAAUUAUGGACUUUAGUAUAGAAUUUAAACCCUGGUUAUUUUUUUAUGAUCAAGUUCAGUGGCUCCGCUCUGUAGCUCUAUUCAUUCAUGUUAUUUAUUUGUCUGCUCCCAGCCCUCAGAUCACCCCUCCACCUUAAAUGACACCAGAAGAUGAGGCAGCGUGAGUAAUGUUUGUGCUGGUAUUCUCCACAAUGUGUCAUCCAGACUCAUAAAAGUAGAAAUAUUCCACAUGUCAGAGUUGGCCACAAGUGUUAGAAAAGUGGAGCAUAAUUUAUCAACUUGUAUUGGCUUCAUUAAAUUAAGUGGCCUUGCUCCAUUACAGUCAUAUUUCCAGUAACCUCUGGACCCUGGAGCCACUGUCCUUCUAUGCUGGUUGCUGGCUUUUUUUUUCAAGGCCAAGAACUGUUGAUUUUUAAUGAUUAGAUAUUUUCCUCUUAACCAGGUGAGCCUUUCUGGUGUUGUAUGUGCGAUCAAAAAGCUUUCAGCAAGUUACACAAUAAAUGUAUAUACAGCA